AUGGCAACCGCCCCCACCGCCAGUACAGAAGAGGUUUACCUGUUCAACCGCAAUGACUUUGAGAGGAAAAGGUUGAAUAAGCAACAUGAAUUGCUUGUGAGCCUCUGCAACGGGAACUUGCUCCAUCCUCAUAUCCCAAAAGCUGCCAUCGGUAGACUCGCAGACAUCGGAACGGGAUCAGGGAUCUGGUUAGACGACGUCGCUGAGAAACUCGAACCCGACCUCGAAGCAACUUCCUCUCUCACAGAACGGGAAUAUGCCGGGUUUGACAUAUCUGCUGCGCAUUUUCCAGCGAAUCCAAGACCUGAUACGUGCUAUAUUGUCCACGACAUUUUAGAGCCGUUCCCAAAUCAGUUCCAUAAUUUCUACGAUGUGGUCAAUGUCAGAUUGAUGGUGUUGGCGCUCAAGAAAUAUGAUAUUCGGGUGGCGGCUAUGAAUGUUGCUGCAUUGUUGAGUAAGUUUUACGCAAUCAAGCCCCGCCCCUAUUCUCCCUCCUCUCUUUGGGAUAGAAGAGUUGCUGGUGCUUUAAUCUAUCCAUCUGAUUCGAUCUUCUUGGAAGAACCUGGUGGUUUCUUCCAAUGGGAAGAGAUCGAGACGCGAGAUCUCUCUUUCAACCCUCCUUCGGAAACCACGACGAAACGUCCGGACUCACAAAUACUCCGUCCAUAUGCAAUUGAGCAGGCCUUCAAAGAGCUGGGGCUGGUAGACGUCAUUGUGGAGGAUUAUAACUCUAUCAACAGACUGGACCUCAUCAAUCAUGUGCGGGAGUGGACAAAGGCAGGCGCAAAGGCUGCAUUAUAUUAUGCUUUACUAAGAGGCCACACUGUCAAAAAUGAGGAAGAAGCAUGGAGCGCGUCUGCUGGACUUUGGGAAGCGUAUGCUGCGGGGAUUGAUGGGGGGAUUGUGCCCAGCUUACCGCUAAAGAUGAUCUUAGGCAGGAAGGUCUCUGUUGGCAGUGCUUCUUAG